AGGAGGUAUAUUCUCAUUGUUAUGGUAACAGCUUUGAACAAACAAAAAAAAAUCUACUAAUGAAAACAUGCUAAUUAAAUACUAAUAAGAAUACACAAACGACUUAGAUUUAAUAAAAUAUUUAUAUAUUUUAUAAUGUCAAUUUAGAAUGGGCUUUGAUAAAGUACUUUUUAAGCACGAAGAGCCGCACGGACCAGGGGAUGUAUACUUUAUUUGGCAAAAAGGUCCCACCGGAUCGUUACUGGCUUCCACUGGAGGCGAUGGGACUGUCGCCAUAUUUAAUCGACAGGGUUUUUUAAUGGAGAGAAUCGUUUUACAAGGUCUAUGCUCUGGCUUUUCUUGGGAUUGUGAUGGUGAUUUAUUAGCUAUUAUUACCAAUAAUUCAUCGCAAGUUACAAUCUGGGAUUCAAAUUCACAUAAAAAACAAAUUAUUGAAACAGGGUUAAGAGAUUCGUUAAGUUGCGUAAUGUGGGCAAAGCAGUCUCAACUCAUGGCUGUUGGAACAAGUCGAGGAAAUUUAUCAAUAUAUAAUCAUCAUACCUCGAAAAGAAUUCCUAUAUUAGGAAAACAUUCUAAAAGAAUUUUAUGUGGUGCAUGGUCAAUGCAAAAUUUAUUAGCUUUAGGAAGUGAUGAUAAAAGUUUUUCAUUGAGUAAUGAGGAAGGUGAUUCACUUCGUGUUGUGCCUUUGCGAGAUGUUCCUAGUGAUAUGUAUUUUGCUGAAAUGAGGACUGAGGAUCGAGUACCUGGCGAAGAAAACACUGUUAGCAUGAUAAUUGGAAAGAGAACUUUAUUCCUAUAUUAUCUUCCGGAGCCCGAUUCACCUACAGAGCUAGGAUUUCAAAGCAGAUAUGGUUCUUUGGUGCAGCAUAAAUGGUUUGGUGAUGGUUAUAUUCUUUUAGGAUUUUCAAAUGGUAACUUAGUUGCUAUAUCUACAAAUUUAAAAGACAUUGGACAGGAGCUUUGGCAAGUCAAAAAUCAUCGAGAUAUUUUAACUGGAGUAGCGUAUUGUCCCCCAUUAGAUAUUGUAGCUUCAUGUGGAGAUAAUACGAUAAAAAUUCAUUCAAUAACUAAUUUACAAGAAACCGAAAAGAUCAUAACCUUGCCAGACCAAUCAGGAGUGCAAAUGAUUGACUGGAGUUCUGACGGCCAAUUAAUGGCUGUUACUACUACUCAUGGUAGCAUUUGCACUUUUGUUACAAAAUUACAAAUAAUAUAUGCUGUAUCCGCACCUAGAAUAGCAAUUCUGAGUAGCUUAGCGGAAGUUUCAAUAUACUCACUCACAAAUGACAGGAAAAAUAAGGUACCUAUUAAAUUAAAUUUAGAAGUGGAGCCAUCCUUUAUCGCUAUAGGACCUUUUCAUUUAGCUGCAGGAAUGAAUAAUCAUGUAUGGUUUUACGAUUUGGGUCGAACUCUCGGAGAAAGUCCUAUGCUUCUAGGGGAUCGUGAAUUUAUUUCUGAAAUUAAAGAAGUACAAAUAAAUUCAGAUUUUUGUGCUGCUCUUUGCACGGGUCAUUUAAUAUUGCAAUCGAUUGAAACCGAUAAUCCAAACACAAAGAACAAAACAACCCAAUCAUUUCCAGAUGCAAUUUCAGGAUUAUCGGACGCCGUGAUAACUUGUCAUUUACUUACAAAUGAGUUUUUAAUAUUUGCGACAGAUCUCGGUUAUAUAAUAUUUUUUUCUUUGGAACAAUGGACAGUAUGUGUGAAAUAUCAGCAUACAAUGGGCAUCAAAAGUAUACAAGCCGAUUUAGAAGGAACAAAACUAAUUUUUAUUGAUGAUCAUAUGCAGGGAUUUGUUUUUUUGGCUUCCUCUGAGGAAUCCACUUUAAUAAUUGAUUUUCCAAAAAAAUGUGAAGGUGUAAUAUGGGAUAUACUUCAACCGAAUAUCUUCAUAGCUUUCGAUAACAAGGUCUGCACUACUUAUAGCUUCAUGCGGUAUUCUAUAGAAGGAAAGCACACAAUUAAAAUUGGAGAAACCAAAUUAAUAUCUGGACAAAUUCCAUUACUCUUGUAUGACGGUGAUUUAAGUUUAUGUACAGAGAGUGGUACUUUAUCAAAUUUAACCUUAACAACGCAUCUUGUGACGCCGGGUCAAGAUUCAAAAGAUCAAUUCAAAAUUUUAGUUCAACUGAAAAAGUAUUAUGAGUCUUUUAAACUAUGUGACAACGUCAUAAAAGAUGCCUCAGUUUGGUUAGAGUUAGGCAGAAAAGCAAUAUCAGACCUUGAUAUCGAUUUUGCACUAAAAGUUUAUCAUCACAUUGGAGAUGCAUCUAUGGUAUUUGCGUUACAAGAGAUUAAAUAUAUAGAAGACUUAAACAUGCUUUGCGGAUUUUGUGCUUUGUUGCUAGAUAGAUCUGAAGAAGCAAAAGCAUUUUUUGCUAAGAGUUCUAAUCCGCAGGAAGCACUUGAACUAUGCAGGGAUUUAUUACAAUGGGAACAAGCAAUGAUACUUGCAAAUUCUUUAGCCCCGGAACAAGUUCCAUUUAUUGCUAGAGAAUAUGCUCAACAACUGGAGUUUACUGGAAGCUAUUCUGAGGCCCUUUAUCAUUACGAAAAGGGAUUUAAAGAAGAUUUCAUAUAUAGUUCUAAUAAUACUAUUUCGAGUUCUCCGGAAAUGGAGGAACAUAUAAAAUUGUGUAAAUCUGGUAUAGCUAGAACAAGUAUUAAAACGGGAGAUUUUAGAAGAGGAAUUCAAUACGCGCUAGAAUUAAAUGAUCCGCAACUUUUGCAUGAUUGUGCAGACUCAUUAGCAACUGUUGGUCAUCUAACAGAAGCGGCUGGCUUGCUUGAAAAGGGAAAAUUUUGGGAUGAAAGUUGUUCGUUUUAUAUUCAAUUAAAAAUGUGGACAAAAGUCAACCAAUUAUUACCGCAAGUAACAAGUACAAAAUUGCAUGCGGUUUAUGCUAAAGCAAAAGAAUCUGAAGGACAUUUCAAUGAAGCAAUAUCUAGUUAUAGAAUUGCCGGCGAUUUGGAUGCAGUUGUUCGAAUAUAUUUGGAACACAUGUCUGAUCCACAUCCAGCGUCUGAAAUCGUAUUAGAGUCACGCUCUACAGAGAGUGCGAAAUUGUUAGCAAAGUUUUAUCAGCGAAUUGGAGAUAUAGAACAAGCUUUGCAAUUUCUUGUAUUAUGUGGUUGCAUACAAGAAGCUUUUGCACUAGCACAGCGUCACAAUAAACUAAAGCAUUAUGGAGAACUCUUGGAACAAUAUGAAAAUGCAAAAUCAAGUGACUUUUUAGCCUUAGCACAUUAUUUUGAAAAUGAAAAAUAUACAUUGCUAGCUGGAAAAUAUUAUUUCCUGGCAAGAGAAUUUUCCAAAGCAUUAAAAUAUUUAUUGAAAGCAUCAUCGUUUAGUAAUGAAGAAUCACAAGCACUGUCUUUGGCAAUUGAUUGCGUUGCAACGUCUAAUAACGAACAGUUGUCAAAUCAACUAAUUGAAUUUUUAUUAGGUGAUAUUGAUGGAUCACCUAAAGACCCUAAAUAUUUAUUUCGUUUGUAUAUGGCUAGAAAACAUUUUAAAGAUGCUGCAAAGACGGCUGUAGUAAUAGCAAAUCAAGAACAAAUUUCGGGAAAUUAUCGUAGUGCACAUGAUUUGUUAUUUUCAAUGUAUCAAGAAUUAAGAAGAAAUAAUUUAAGUAUAGCUUCAGAUAUGAGGCAUAAUUUGAUUUUACUUCAUCGCUACACAUUGGUCAGGAUUCAUGUCCGACUUGGAAAUCAUUUACUAGCUUCAAAACUUUUAGUACAAGUUGCUGCAAACAUAUCACAAUUUCCUGCACAUAUUGUUCCAAUCCUUACUUCUACUGUUAUUGAGUGCCAUAGAGCUGGGUUAAAAAAAUCUGCGUUUACUUAUGCUUCUAUGUUAAUGCGACCAGAAUACAGAAAUCAAAUAGACCCCAAAUAUGCUAAAAAAGUUGAAUCAAUAGUGAGAAAAGCUCCCAGGGGUAUUAAAGAAUUUAAAGACAAUAUAGAAGAUGAAACCAUGGAAUGCCCCAUUUGUUCGGCUGAUUUACCAAUUAUGGAAGUCACAUGCUAUCAGUGCAAAACAACUUUACCCAUAUGCAUUGCAACUGGCCAACAUAUAAUUAAAGAAAAUAUGACAGCGUGCCCUGAAUGCGAUUUUCUUUGCUUUAGAUCUGAAAUGGAAAAAAUAUUGACCGAGGGUAAUCUGUGUCCGAUGUGCGGUGAAACUGUUGAUUCAAAUCGCUUAAUGGAUGUGGAGGAUAUUCGACCAUAUAUUUUAUCAUCUACGUGAAUCUUGAUUUUUGUCAACAAAAAUUUAUUGAGUUUACUAUCAACAACAUAACAAACAUUUUCUACAUGGGACUUUAUUUUAGACUUUAUUUGUGGCUUAGAUGUUGAUUUAGGUUGACAUACUACCACUAUUACUUAAUUGCAAUAAAUUUAUAUUUUGUUUAACAAAGUAAGAAGCAUUAAAAAUAAAAUAAAAUUACAAAAGGAAAAAA